AUGUCGACUCAACUUUACUGGGGCGAUGCUCCGACGAGUCCGACGAUUAGGCAGCAGUACGCGCUUGCCACUGUCGAGCAACAGAUCAAGCGAGUUAUUGACAACGAGAGCGAUCCCCUUCACGGUUUGCCCCCCCUGUUGGAUGGCGUACUCCAAGACUUGCCUGAUAUAGGCCCAUCCAACGACAUCCAACAGGUCCUAGAGAAGUUGAGUCUUGGUCGCAUCCCUCGGCCUACUCCAUCGAAGGUGGCCAUUGUCGGCGCCGGUGUCGCUGGGCUGUUCCUCGGCAUGAUGCUCGACUAUCUGAACGAACACAUCCCCAAGUUUAACGUCGACUACGAAAUCUUCGAAGCCAACGACUCCUCUCGGGUGGGCGGACGGAUGUUUACCCACGAGUUCAAGCCGAAACCGCCCCAUAACCCACAAGGCCCGCACGACUACUACGACGUGGGCGCCAUGCGGUUCCCCCAGAAUCCCAUCAUGCAGCGCGUGUUUAAACUGUUUGACUGGCUGGGGAUGCCCAUGGGCCCAUUGAGGGAGGAUACACCCAAGGGAUCGCUUGUCCCCUACAGCAUGACCAAUCGCACGGGAGAGGACCAAAACGAGCCUUUCCGCUUUAACGACCAGACAAAGUGGGGAUCUUAUGUCAACAUCGCUGCUGCUGCCGAGGGUAAUGAUGCUUUUGGUUUCAAUGAGGAUCCCAAAGACCCCCCGAUCCCAUCUGCCGUCCUUGCCAUGAGUCCCGGCAAGGUUGUUGACAAUGCCAUUGAAGACCUGCGCGAGGCCCUGCAGGAAGAUGCGGCAAGGGGGGGCCGCCGUGGUUGGGAACUGCUCAUGAAGUUUGACCAAUACACCACGCGUGCCUGGAUGGCUACGAACCAGCAGAAGCCACCCGGCACCGCCAGACCCGACCCCACACGGCCACCCUUCAACGCUAGCACCAUCAACUUCCUCGAGACCAUGAAUGGCGGCACCGACUGGUACGACCAAGCGUUCAGUGAGACGGUGCUGGAGUCGCUCGACUUUGACUAUGACGCGUCCACCAAGUGGUGGUGUAUCAUGGGCGGGGCACAGCAGCUCCCGAAGUUGAUGGAGAAGCGGCUCAGCACCAAGCCCACCUACUCCUCGCCCGUCUCCGCCCUUAGCGCUAUCCUCAAGAUUGGGCAGUCCGACAAGCUCACGCUUGCGAUGGAAGUGUCGCUCAAGGGUAACUCGCCCUCCGAGAGCCGCGUCUAUGACGGUGUCUUCAACACCACCACGCUCGGCUGUCUCCGGCGGAUCGACACGACCGGAUGCCUCCUGCCCAAUAGCACCAACAUGACCUUCCGCACGCUCGCUUACGGCGAGUCGUGCAAGGUGGGCAUCAAGUUCUCGAAAGCCUGGUGGCGCCAGAUCAUGCCCGGCGGCCACCGGGUCGAGAAAGGCGGGCUGGGCCACUCGGACAUGCAUAUCCGCACGCUUGUGUACCCCUCGUACAACGUGCUCGACAACCCCUCGAAGCCGGCCGUGCUGCUGGUCUCGUAUACCUGGCAGCAAGACGCGGAGCGCAUCGGCGCCCUGAUCUCGCGGGCCUCGCCCGCCGGCGAAGACGAGCUCAAGGCGCUGCUGCUGCGCGAGCUGGCGCGGCUGCACACCACGACACGCCGCGACGAGGAGCAGCUGUUCGCCACCAUCUCGGCGUCCUACCUCGACCACUACGCCCACAACUGGUCCGACGACGCCACGGCCGCCGGCUCCUUCGCCUUCUUCCGCCCGCAGCAGUUCAGCACCCUGUGGCCCAAGAUCGUGCAGCCAGCCGGCAACCUGGUGCUGAUCGGCGAGGCGUCGAGCCCGCACCACGCGUGGGUCGUCGGCGCCAUCGAGAGCGCCGUUGUUGGUUUGUAUGCGUGGCUCUACAGCCGCAUGGAUAUCCCCGGCGCCAAGGAGGCCGUGUGGCUGAUCGACGGCACCACGCCCUGCCCAGGGCAUGGCCAGCGGGGGCAUAAGUGUCCGCCCUUCCUGGGCCUGCCGAACUAUCUGCCCAAGAAGCAUGCACGCUGGCUGGGAUUGAUUUCGGCUUUGGAAGCCGAGAGAGCGGCCCAGAGGGCAGCAGAGAGGGGGUAA